AUGCCUGGUAAUCUCAACGUCAAAAAGUCAUGGCAUCCUGGAUUGCUUAAGAACCAGGCUGCAGUGUGGCAACGUGAACAAGACGCUUUGGCGGAGCGCAAAAAGAUUUUGGAACGUCAAAAGGAAAUUCGCCAGGAGCGAGAGCGCAAUGAGCUACUUGCAUUACAAGAAGCAGCCACUGGACAAAAACGAAUUCAACGGAUGGAGUGGAUGUAUUCCGGGGUAUCUUCGGCUGGUGGAUCUGGGAAAGCAGCUGAUGAAGAAGAAGAAGCAGAAGAUUAUUUAUUGGGCAAGCGAAGAAUCGAUGAAAUGUUUCGAAGAGAAGAAGAAGAAAACAGUGUUAAAAGAGAUAAGGUGGCGGAACGAUUUGCGGCUGUUGGCGGGGAUAAAGAGGAUGUGGUGAAGGAUUUAGGCCAAAAGGACCGAGAGGAUCCUAUGACUGCCGUACGGAUGAGGCAGCAACGGCCGGUGGUCAAUGGUGGUGGCAGUGGUGGUGGCAGUGGUGGUGGCAGUGGUGGUGGCAGUGGCGAUAAGUCCAGAAGGUCCUCACAACAGGAUUCGAGAGAGACAGGACGAUAUGAGGAAUCUCGGUCUCGGCGGUAUGAGAAAUCUCGGUCUAAAUAUUCUGAUGAGUCUCGAUUAUCAAGGCAUUCUAAAGAUUAUUCUGAUAGACACAGUCACAGCAGCAGUCACCGGCCUCGGCGGGAUCGCAGUGUCAGUCCACAGCGGGGAGGGUCCGGUUCUAGACGGAGCCGUGACAGAAGCGCGAGUCCGCGAGUACGAAGAAGUCAUUCAAGACGUGAAUAUGAUGAUUACUACGACAGAAAAAGUCACCGGGGUUCUAGUCCAUCUCAACGAGAAAAAGAACGGAAAAAAUAUUCACGACAUGAUUCGAGCACUAGCCCCCGAAGACACCGAAGGGAAUAUUCUCGCAGUAGUCCUAGCCCACCUUUGCCAUCCGGGGUUUCUGGUAACAGACGGCAUGAGAAAUUGUUUUUGGGGAAUGGGAAGAAGAGUGAUAGAAUGACGGAAGAGGAACGUGAAAGGCGGUUACGCGAAAUGCAAGAGGAUGCUAAGACAAUGGAACAAGCGCGGGCAUUGCGGGUAGAUGCUGCACGGGCUGCAGAUAAAGAAGAAGAGCAACGAGAGGCUCGUCAACGGUCUAAUGCGGGAAGUGGAGGGUCUCAGUUUUUGACCAGUACAAGAAGCAGCCUUUUAGAUAGGUAA